UCAAACAAGAGAGAGAGGCAUAAAGCAAGAGAGCUCCAAAUUGUGGGAGGCAGAGGCAGAGCAACAAGCAGCGGAGUAGCGAAAGGGAGAGAGCGAGAGAGGCGCAUCUAGCAGACUUUCACGAUGGGUGCUGAUGCUGAGAACGGCAAAAAGAUCUUCGUGCAGAAGUGCGCCCAGUGCCACACCUACGAAGUUGGAGGCAAACACAAGGUGGGUCCAAAUCUGGGCGGAAUCGUAGGUCGGAAGAGUGGCACUGCUCCGGGAUACAAGUAUACCGAAGCCAAUAUGAAGAAAGGCGUCACUUGGACGGAGGGCAAUCUGGACGAGUACCUCAAGGAUCCUAAGAAGUAUAUUCCUGGCACCAAAAUGGUCUUCGCCGGUCUCAAAAAGGCUGAGGAACGGGCCGAUUUGAUCGCCUUCCUCAAGACAAACAAGUAGAGAAAAAAUGACUGCAAAACAGCAAGAUCGGCAAUUAUGACAUCACCCAAGCAAAUCAAUGCUAUUUUAUUCAACUUUAAUUGAAACCGUAAAUAACGAAUAACAUUUAAAAAGGUUUGCUUCGUUAAAAACCAAUUAAAGUUGAAAAAACUA